AUGGCUUCAACAGAUGGCGCCGGAGUCGUAGACGCGGAGUUUCCCGUACACGAUAAUAACAGCCCAAAAAGCACCAAGUUCCGCUUCAAGAAACGCUCCAGAUCCGCUGAGCAGUCGGAAUCGCACCCACAUAGCAAGCGCCAACGGGUUCAUCGCCGUGAUCACGACCGAGACUCGAGACACCGUCGGCGAGAUCGUGGCAAGGCUCAUAAGUUUUCCAGCACCGGCAUCCCAGACGACCCUUCUCUCUACGACGAUAUUUUCGCCGCCAACACCCGCUCCUCUCAAUAUCUCGACCCCGAUCAGGCAUUCCGAGAAAGCCUCUUCGACGCGCUCGCCGACGACGAAGGCGCUGCAUACUGGGAAGGCGUCUACGGCCAACCAAUUCACACCUACCCUUAUCCCGCAUCCAAGCCCGGCCCGGACGGCGAGCUCGAGCGCAUGAACGAGGACGAGUAUGCCGAAUAUGUGCGCAGCAAGAUGUGGGAGAAGACGCACCAGCAUGUCAUCGAGGAGAGGGAGCGAAGGGAGAAUGCGAGACAGCGGCAGAAGGCGUGGCAGGAGCAAACGAGGAGGAUGGAGGAUGAUCGGGAUGCGUUUGAGAGGCAGGUCGAGGAGAGCUUGCAGAGGGGUGAGAGAAGGAAGAAGGCGAAGAGGCUGAGGGAGGCUUGGGUGAAGUAUUGUCAGGGCUGGGAAGAGCUGAAGGACCGGAUAGCACGGCGUGGUGGAGAGACCGAGGGAAAGAGAGUACCUACUAGAGAUCUGAUACCGUGGCCGGUUGAGACGGGCGGGUGGAAAGAUGUGGAGAAGGAGGAUGUAGAGAGUUUUCUGAGGGAUGCUCCGCCUCCAGAACUGGAUCAAACUGCGUUGCUGAAGGCGGAGAGGGUCAGGUGGCACCCAGAUAAGAUGCAGCAGCGCUUUGGCGGGCAACAGCUUGAUGCCGAUGCUAUGAAAUCGGUUACAGCCGUCUUUCAAGUCAUUGAUAGAAUGUGGACUGAAGCAAAAGAUAAGCAAUAA